GUUGCGUCUCGCGCACUUUCCGGUUCCGGCUGCUCCGGCGCAAGCGCAUACUUCGCGCAUGAGCGCAGUGCGCGUGUUUCCUGGAGCGAGGUGGAGGAAGAGAUGGAUCCCUUGGACCGAGUUCUAAAGCCCAAAACAAAAAGGGCCAAGAGAUUCCUUGAGAAGAGGGAACCAAAACUUAGUGAAAACAUUAAAAAUGCCAUGCUGAUUAAAGGGGGAAAUGCAAAUGCAACGGUGACACAAGUCCUGAAAGACGUGUAUGCACUGAAAAAGCCAUAUGGAGUUCUGUAUAAAAAGAAAAACAUUACUAGACCAUUUGAGGAUCAGACAUCACUGGAAUUCUUUUCAAAGAAGUCAGAUUGUUCUUUAUUCAUGUUUGGAUCCCAUAAUAAGAAGCGACCCAAUAACCUAGUGAUAGGUCGUAUGUAUGACUACCAUGUGCUGGAUAUGAUUGAGUUAGGUAUUGAGAAAUUUGUGUCUCUAAAAGAUAUUAAGAACAGUAAGUGUCCUGAGGGAACAAAACCCAUGUUAAUAUUUGCUGGUGAUGAUUUCGAUGUAACAGAAGACUACAGAAGACUAAAAAGCCUCCUUAUUGAUUUCUUCAGAGGCCCCACGGUAGCAAAUGUCCGCCUGGCCGGGCUGGAGUACGUCCUGCACUUCACAGCUCUGCAGGGGAAGGUUUACUUUCGCAGCUAUAAGUUGCUCUUAAAGAAAUCUGGUUGCAGAACACCACGGAUUGAGCUGGAAGAAAUGGGACCUUCUUUGGAUCUGGUUCUGAGGAGGACACACCUGGCUUCAGAUGACCUUUAUAAGUUAUCUAUGAAAAUGCCAAAAGCUCUCAAGCCAAAGAAGAAGAAAAAUAUGUCCCAAGAUACUUUUGGUACAACGUACGGAAGGAUUCACAUGCAGAAACAAGACCUAAGCAAACUGCAGACAAGGAAGAUGAAGGGAUUAAAGAAGCGACCUGCAGAAAGGAUAACGGAAGACCAGGAGAAGAAGUCAAAGAGAAUUAAAAACAAUUAAUGGAACUUAACCAACAACUAGAGUUUUAUUGUAAUCAAGCUGCAGUGCAAUUCAGUUUCUUAAAGGACUUUAUUGUAUGUUUUUAUAACACAGUAACUUACUGUCACUGUCAGUUAUUGGGAACAGUAUUGUACUGGCAUUUAAUGUAAGCGUGUCACUCCCUCUGUCAGAACGUGUCGCCCUCCUUCUGAUACAGUAUCCCCCCCCAGGAUCCUCCCUUGCUGGGAGGGGAGGAGGGUCUCUACUACCACUGGUGUUUUCAUACAGUUUGGGUGGUUGGUUAGCUGGAGGGAGAAAGCCAUACAGAGCAGAAGUGACUCGGAGUCGCACAAGCCUCUGUGUGAGCCACCCAGAAGGUCAGCCCUCACUGACUUUCACUGACAGGUGCAUCCACAUCCAGCAUUUAUUUCCAACUUCUUGAUUAUUUUGCCUGAAGUUAUAACAGUUAAGGGAAUUGAAAUUUUAAGCUUUGUGUUUUAAUUGCAGAUCUCAGGGAUGUGCAUUCCUGGUCAUUGACGAAUUAUCAUAUUACUGAUUGUUUAAAGAGAUUCUGGGCUCGGGGUAGAGCUCAUUGUAGAGCACUUAUCCAGUGUGUGCCAGGCCUUAGGUUGUCCCCACACCACCCCCAAAAUGAGAAUCUGCUGUAAGAGCCUCCUCAUGGCCCUUCUCUGAGAAAAAGGAAUCUGGUAUAGUAGAGAUGAAAAAGAAUAGGUGAGUUUAAGGUACAGGGCACCCUAAGGAACGAGCCCUCAACAGCCAAAGAUUGCAUGCAGGGCCUGCCUCUCUGUGGGAGGAUUCUUCAGGUCCAUCCCUCUGCCUGGGAACUGGGCAGCCACAUCCUGCUUUCUCCUGCUGGUGUCGCCCACUUGUUUCUCCUGCUGGUAAACAGGUUCCUUGACUGAGUUAUGGGAAAGAAGCUCCUUGCUGCAGAGAAAUCUGUGAUGCUAGGAAGAAGUUCCAGAGUACAUUUCCAUCUCCUGCCUUUGUGCCUGUGCAUGCAGGCACUUCGAGCUCGCUUACAUCAAACCAUAUAUAAUCUCUGGUGAUAGACUCUGUUGAGGGGCAGAGCAAAGCUGGAGCCUCAGUUUACCUUCUGUGUCCUCUCCCUCCUCAUGGACACGUUGCCUUGCCAUACCUCUCCCUGUUCUUUUCAGGGUGGGGGCUGUCCUCCCCAUGAAAACCAGGGCACUGAUAUCCCUCAUGUAUACUUUUAUAAAUGAUUGUGCAUUUUGUCAACUGAA